CUUUGUUAUGUAGUUAUAAUGUAGUUUUUAAACUAAACCUUACCCUACCCCCCUCGAGGAAACAACGUGGUUUAUGAACGCUCUGCUAGUAUAGAGACGAAAUGUCGUUCGUUUUGCUCACGACUGUAGAUUUUUAAUCCCAGCUGUUGAAUUUUCCGAUCUCUGCCACCAUAGCUUCGGUGUGGCAGCUUCACUAUCGUGCAGCUGAUUUUGACAAUCGAAUCCAUUUCUUUUAUUUACAUUUACGCUGUGUACAAAAAUAAAUCAUACGCCAUUCAUUGCAAGGAACAAAAUCUGCGAAUAGAUGCAGUUAUGAGCUAAAAUAUAUAUACACACAUAAUCUACUUGCGUUCUUGUAAUUUCAUCACAAUAAGGACGAAUUGAAAACCCAGUCAACAUCAAUACUAUAUGAGGUCGCUGGAUCGAUAGUUAAGUUUCCAUGACAGCAUAAACACAACACUGUCGCAUUGCUGCAGAAGUUGAACAAAGAAAAAAAAAUUCAAGAGUAGAUACACAACGCCAACGCAGAUUAAAUAAAAAUCUAGAAAUGUUUCUGUUCGACUGGAUACUGGGUCGUAUAUUGCCUGUGAUAUUUCUGCACCUGAGACCAUUUAUUAAAUGGUUUUUACACACAUUUACACGACUAAGCGAACUUCAACGUAUUGUUUAUGGUGCACAAGCAGGUGCCAGUCGCACACGUAAAGUGGAGCGCUCCUUAAUGCUAUCACAAAAUAUCGAAAUUCAACAAUUGCUGCAAGAAUUAGAUACUGCGGUAGAAAGCUGCAGUGAUAAUGAGUUGAUUUUAUUGCCUGUACGCGCGAUUAGCGUAGUACAGCAUGCAAAGCAUAUUAAAUCAAAAAUACACCCAGAUUUUACGCCACUCUUUGGCACAUGUGUACUACAAAUUUGGAGCUAUCGGCAUUUACUGCAUCAGGUGGAGCGUUUAAGAGCUGAACCAUACGAUGCGAAUAAUUUAGUGCAUGAACAAAAACUUUUGGAGCUGUGGAAUCGUUUAAUGCCUGAGGAGCCGCUCGAGGGACGCAUCACAAAGCAGUGGCAAGAAAUCGGAUUUCAGGGUGACGAUCCCAAAACUGAUUUUCGUGGCAUGGGUUUGCUUGGCUUAGAAAAUCUAUUGUACUUCUCACGCGAGUACCGUGACGCAGCACAUCAUGUACUUCUACACUCUAAACAUCCGGUAUAUGGCUAUACUUUCGCUAUUGUUGGCAUAAACCUCACCGCAAUGGCAUAUCGCUUACUUAAAUCUGGCGAUGCCAAAGUGCAUUUCUACAAUGCAGCACAAGCGCUUAAUCAACCUUGUACGCUGAUGCAUUUUCAUAAAUUCUACUGUUACUUACUUUUCGAAUUUGACCGUUUCUGGAUGGAAUCCGAACCAACGAAUAUAAUGGAUUUUCGUGAUAUUUAUCAAAGAUUUGAAAUCCUUAUAAUGGAGGCUUUACAUAACGACAAGACACUAUUCAAAACGAAUCUCAUUGUAGAGGAAGUUUAAAAGGACACAAAUAAUCUAAAAUUAAUCUUAAGUUUUAAAAUAUAAACAAUUAAAAUCUUUCAUACACUUAAAUCAAUGUAUAGCAUAAUUAAAAGAAAUAAAUUUUUGUUUGUUUCAAAAAGGAA